CCUCGCCCCCGCCUCCUGCCCGAGGCCGCACGGGUGUCCUCGCGCUGCUAGUCCUCGCGCUGCUAGUCCGCGCGCAGCCUGGCAGUUUGCCGCCUCCUCGUCCUCCAUCCUGCGUCCAUGGCCACUGCUGCGACUGAGGAGCCCUUCCCUUUUCACGGUCUCCUGCCGAAGAAGGAGACCGGAGCCGCCUCCUUCCUCUGCCGCUACCCGGAGUAUGACGGGCGGGGGGUACUCAUCGCCGUCCUGGACACGGGGGUGGACCCGGGGGCUCCGGGCAUGCAGGUUACAACUGAUGGAAAACCAAAAAUUGUCGAUAUCAUUGAUACAACAGGAAGUGGCGAUGUGAAUACUGCUACGGAAGUAGAGCCGAAGGAUGGUGAAAUUGUUGGCCUUUCAGGAAGAGUGCUUAAGAUUCCUGCAAGCUGGACAAAUCCCUCAGGCAAAUAUCAUAUUGGCAUAAAAAAUGGCUAUGACUUCUAUCCUAAGGCUCUCAAGGAAAGGAUACAGAAAGAACGGAAGGAAAAGAUCUGGGACCCUGUUCACAGAGUGGCCCUUGCAGAAGCCUGUAGAAAACAGGAAGAAUUUGAUGUUGCCAACAACGGGUCUUCUCAAGUUGGCAAAUAAACUCAUCAAGGAGGAGCUUCAAAGUCAAGUGGAAUUGCUGAAUUCUUUCGAGAAGAAAUACAGCGAUCCUGGCCCUGUAUAUGACUGCUUGGUAUGGCAUGAUGGUGAAGUCUGGAGAGCCUGCAUUGAUUCUAAUGAAGAUGGGGACCUGAGUAAAUCCACCGUAUUGAGAAACUACAAAGAAGCCCAAGAAUAUGGCUCUUUUGGCACAGCUGAGAUGUUGAAUUACUCCGUUAAUAUAUACGAUGAUGGAAACCUGCUCUCCAUUGUGACCAGCGGAGGAGCUCAUGGGACACAUGUAGCUAGUAUAGCUGCUGGACACUUUCCAGAAGAACCUGAACGGAAUGGGGUAGCUCCUGGUGCUCAAAUUCUUUCCAUCAAGAUUGGUGAUACAAGACUAAGCACAAUGGAAACAGGCACAGGCCUCAUAAGAGCUAUGAUAGAAGUUAUAAAUCAUAAGUGUGAUCUUGUCAACUACAGUUACGGAGAAGCAACUCACUGGCCAAAUUCUGGGAGAAUUUGUGAAGUAAUUAAUGAAGCAGUAUGGAAGCAUAAUAUAAUUUAUGUUUCAAGUGCUGGAAAUAAUGGUCCAUGCCUGUCUACAGUUGGUUGUCCAGGUGGAACUACAUCAAGUGUGAUAGGUGUUGGUGCUUAUGUUUCUCCUGAUAUGAUGGUUGCUGAGUAUUCACUGAGAGAGAAAUUACCUGCAAAUCAAUACACUUGGUCUUCUAGAGGACCUAGUGCUGACGGGGCCCUUGGUGUGAGUAUCAGUGCACCAGGAGGAGCCAUUGCUUCUGUUCCUAACUGGACAUUGAGAGGGACGCAGCUAAUGAAUGGAACAUCUAUGUCUUCCCCCAAUGCAUGUGGAGGCAUUGCCCUGAUCCUUUCAGGUCUGAAAGCUAAUAACAUUGACUACACAGUUCAUUCAGUCAGAAGAGCUCUAGAAAACACUGCAGUGAAGGCUGACAAUAUAGAAGUAUUUGCUCAAGGACAUGGUAUUAUUCAGGUUGAUAAAGCCUAUGACUACCUCGUUCAGAAUACAUCAUUUGCUAAUAAAUUAGGUUUUACUGUUACUGUUGGAAAUAACCGUGGCAUCUACCUCCGAGAUCCUGUUCAGGUGGCUGCACCUUCAGAUCAUGGCGUUGGCAUUGAACCUGUAUUUCCAGAGAACACAGAAAACUCUGAAAAAAUAUCCCUUCAGCUUCAUUUAGCUCUGACUUCAAAUUCAUCUUGGGUUCAGUGUCCUAGCCAUUUGGAACUCAUGAAUCAAUGUAGACACAUAAACAUACGUGUGGAUCCCAGGGGCUUAAGAGAAGGAUUGCAUUAUACAGAGGUAUGUGGCUAUGAUAUAGCAUCCCCUAACGCAGGUCCGCUCUUCCGAGUUCCCAUCACUGCAGUUAUAGCAGCCAAAGUAAAUGAAUCAUCACAUUACGAUCUAGCCUUUACAGAUGUACACUUUAAACCUGGCCAAAUUCGAAGGCAUUUUAUUGAGGUUCCUGAGGGUGCAACAUGGGCUGAAGUGACAGUGUGUUCAUGUUCUUCUGAGGUGUCAGCAAAGUUUGUUCUUCAUGCAGUCCAGCUUGUGAAGCAAAGAGCAUAUCGAAGCCAUGAAUUCUAUAAGUUUUGUUCUCUUCCAGAGAAAGGAACACUGACUGAAGCUUUUCCUGUCCUAGGUGGAAAAGCAAUUGAAUUUUGCAUUGCUCGUUGGUGGGCAAGUCUCAGUGAUGUCAACAUUGAUUAUACCAUUUCUUUCCAUGGGAUAGUGUGUACUGCUCCUCAGUUAAACAUUCAUGCGUCGGAAGGAAUCAACCGUUUUGAUGUUCAGUCCUCCUUGAAAUAUGAAGAUCUGGCUCCCUGCAUAACUUUGAAGAACUGGGUCCAAACACUACGCCCAGUGAGUGCAAAAACAAAACCUUUAGGAUCAAGAGAUGUUUUGCCAAAUAACCGUCAACUUUAUGAGAUGGUCCUGACAUAUAACUUUCAUCAACCCAAGAGUGGGGAAGUAACUCCAAGCUGCCCACUACUUUGCGAACUAUUAUAUGAAUCUGAAUUUGACAGCCAACUGUGGAUUAUUUUUGACCAGAACAAAAGACAGAUGGGUUCAGGUGAUGCCUAUCCACAUCAGUAUUCUUUGAAACUGGAGAAAGGAGAUUAUACAAUUCGACUGCAAAUUCGCCAUGAGCAAAUCAGUGAUUUGGAACGCCUUAAAGACCUUCCAUUUAUUGUUUCUCAUAGAUUGUCUAAUACCUUGAGCUUAGAUAUUCAUGAAAAUCAUAGUUUUGCACUUCUAGGGAAGAAGAAAUCGAGCAACUUGACAUUACCACCCAAAUAUAACCAGCCAUUCUUUGUUACUUCUUUACCUGACGAUAAAAUACCUAAAGGGGCAGGACCUGGAUGCUAUCUUGCAGGAUCCUUAACAUUGUCAAAGACUGAACUAGGAAAGAAAGCUGGGCAGUCUGCAGCAAAACGACAAGGAAAAUUUAAAAAGGAUGUAAUCCCUGUUCAUUACUACUUAAUACCUCCACCAACAAAGACUAAGAACGGCAGCAAAGAUAAGGAAAAAGAUUCAGAAAAAGAGAAAGAUUUGAAAGAAGAGUUUACUGAAGCAUUACGAGAUCUUAAAAUUCAGUGGAUGACAAAGCUGGAUUCUAGUGACAUUUAUAACGAAUUGAAAGAAACAUAUCCUAAUUAUCUUCCUCUGUACGUUGCUCGACUUCAUCAAUUGGAUGCUGAAAAGGAACGAAUGAAAAGACUUAAUGAAAUUGUUGACGCGGCAAAUGCUGUUAUUUCUCAUAUAGAUCAAACAGCCCUAGCAGUUUAUAUUGCGAUGAAGACUGAUCCCAGGCCUGAUGCAGCUACUAUAAAAAAGUUGCCUUCUGAUUUCUGCAUCAUUCCAGCCCUUCUCUGGGCAGCCAGGAUCCAUCAGGCAGCAUUUGCCGAGUCUGCCCUGCAGACUCUGGCCGAGCGACGGAUGAAAGGAGUACUCAGACACAGUGACAUGGACAAACAAAAAUCCACCCUCGUAGAUGCCCUUUGUAGGAAAGGUUGUGCCCUGGCAGACCAUCUUCUUCACACCCAGGCUCAAGAUGGAGCCAUUUCCACUGAUGCAGAAGGAAAGGAGGAAGAAGGAGAAAGUCCUUUGGAUUCUCUGGCAGAAACAUUUUGGGAAACUACUAAAUGGACUGAUCUUUUUGACAAUAAGGUUUUGACAUUUGCAUAUAAACAUGCAUUAGUAAAUAAAAUGUAUGGGAGAGGCCUUAAAUUUGCAACUAAACUUGUGGAAGAAAAACCAACAAAAGAAAACUGGAAAAAUUGUAUUCAACUGAUGAAGUUACUUGGAUGGACCCAUUGUGCAUCUUUUACUGAAAACUGGCUCCCCAUCAUGUAUCCUCCCGAUUAUUGCGUAUUCUAAAAUAGGAAACAAGACUUUAAAUUUUAAAAAAGGAAGUUUUAUAGUGAAUGGAUAUAAAAACAAAUUUGUGGCAUUUUUAGUCUAAUGCAUGUUUUCAUCCACUAUCCAAUACUGAUUAUUAAAAUGACGUGUAUUUAUCAGAGAAUUCACUGACGUGUGGCUUAAUACAUGUAAAUCUAGACCUCUGACAUCAUGAUGUUUUCUUAAUGCCUCACAUUGCUGGCACAGGGAUGUGCCCUGCCUGCCAGCACAGAGGACUUCGAGUUGGGUUGCAGCUUAUGACAUGCAUGAUAGGUUUUGGAGGGUAACUUUUAACUGCAAACCUGUAAAGUUCUAUUUUUUAUUUUAUAAAUGAACAGGGUUUUAACAUGCUCAACUUUAAUUUUUUUCAAUUGUAUGAAGGCCUUAAAAAAGCUACAUUAAGCGUAGCUAAAAUUAUUUAUUGGACUAAAAAUUAACAGAACUUCAUUUCCAGAUUUUUUUUUUUUUUCUUUUUGGCAAAUGUUUACAUUCAGUUAAGGGGAAAAAAUAGAACCAGCACAAAUGAGUGGCAAUUGCUUCAUCUUGGGGUAAUUAUAGGCAAGUCAUUUUCACAUCCUCUAGAAGUUCAGAGCAUCAGAAUGAACUCUAUGAAUACAUGUGUAAGUGCCAGACAGCUGAAUCUUUAUCAGGUAUUGUAAAGAUACACAUAUGAUAUGUUUAUUAAAAUUGAAAUAAUGUAAAACACUUGAAUAAAUUUGCAAAACCAAGAUCACAGUACACCAUAUGCACUCUGGUACCUUAAUUUUUUUUUUUAUAAAUAAUAAAAGUGAAUAUUGAAGCUUCUUAAA